UGGAUGGAGGGAUAUGGUGGAGGCACACAUUGGGAUUCGACCUCCAGAACCACCUGAGGGAGUCAAGGACAGGAAGACCUCAAGGGUUAGCUCGGCUUGGUUGAAGCAGAAUUUCAACCAUUGUCCUCAGGGAGCACCUCAGGAGGCUAUAGAGCGGUAUGCUCGCGUGUGGUUGUGGCACCUAUUAGGGGGCUUCCUGUUUCCCGAUGGUUCUGGAAACAUCAUCUCAUGGAUGGUCCUUCCAAUUCUGGGACAGCAGUGGGAGAACAUCGCUCAGUAUAGCUGGGGGUCGGCAGCACUAGGGUGGCUUUACCGGCUGCUUUGUGACGCAUGUCGGCGUGCUGGCAAUGACUCGAACCUAGGAGGUUGUGCAUACCUCUUGCAAAUCUGGAUUUGGGAGCGGUUUCCAGUCGGCUGGCCAUACCGUGGUGAACUAGAGGCGUGGCCGCACCAUGAUCCUGAGUCGUGGCCCACCGUUGGUUACUACUGGAAGAACAUUGGAGCUGUCAGAGGGGAUCCUUUGCGCCGGUACAUGCGUUACAUGGACGACCUAGACUGCCUCACACAAAAUCAGAUUUUUUGGACACCGUAUAGUCGAGACGAGCUGGAGGAGUUGGGAGUUAGUCACAUUUGUAGAAGAGAUGCAGAACUGUGGAGGACGUGUGUUCCUUUGAUUUUCUACUUCGUAGUCGAGCUCCACUUACCGCACCGUGUUAAGAGACAGUUCUCAAGACUGCAUGACUUCCCUCCGGAGGCUAUUUCUACUUCCCAAGCAUUGCAUCGAAUUGACAGGAAGAAACGCUACACUGAGAAUGAUUGGCGUGUCAAACACGCACUGCCUCUAGCACAGUGGGACCAGAGGCAAAGGAUGGAUCCGGAACUUGGACCAGCACAUAGGCACAACCAUUACAAGGAAUACCUUCGUUGGUUCCAUUCAGUCACUAGAGUUUCAAUCAAGCCGCCAGGUCAACUGAGCCUAUAGAAGACCAUGCGGACACGGAUGAUGAUGAUGACAUCGCCGACGAGUACGAUGACAUCACACGCGGAGGAGUGCAGCCCGAGAGGGGCCCUUUACAGAACU